AUGAGACAGACCAAUCAGACACAGGUGGCAGAAUUCCUUCUUCUGGGACUCUCUGAUGACCUGAAUACCCAACUGCUGCUAUUCUUCUUAUUCCUGGGUGUCUACCUGGUCACUGUGAUUGGAAAUCUGCUCCUCAUGUCCCUUGUUCAGGUUGACUCCCGGCUUCAUACACCUAUGUAUUUCUUUCUCUGCAACUUGUCUCUGGCUGACCUCUGUUUCUCCACAAACAUAGUUCCUCAGGCCCUAGUCCACCUACUUUCCAGAAAGAAGGUAAUUUCAUUCACAAGAUGUGCAGCUCAACUUUUCCUCUUCCUCAUUUUCGGGUGUGCACAGUGUAUCCUUUUGGCAGUGAUGUCCUAUGAUAGGUGUGUGGCAAUCUGCAACCCCUUGCACUACCCUAUCAUCAUGACCUGGAGAGUGUGUAUCCAGCUGGCCACAGGAUCAUGGACCAGUGGCAUUAUAGUGUCUGUGGUGGACACCACUUUCACACUAAGGCUGCCCUACCAAGGCAGCAACAGCAUUGCACAUUUCUUUUGUGAGGCCCCUGCGUUGUUGAUUCUGGCAUCCACAGAUACUCACACUUCAGAGAUGGCCAUUUUUCUCAUGGGGGUUGUGAUUCUUCUUAUACCUGUUUCCCUAAUUCUUGUAUCCUAUGGCUACAUCAUAGUGACUGUGGUCAAGAUGAAGUCAGCUGCACGAAGGCUCAAGGCAUUUUCUACCUGUGGCUCCCACCUCAUGGUUGUCAUCCUUUUUUAUGGGUCAGGAAUCAUCACCUACAUGACAUCCAAAUCUUCCAAAGAGCAGAAGAAACUGGUGUCUGUUUUCUAUGCAGUGGUGACCCCCAUGCUUAAUCCCUUAAUCUACAGCCUGAGAAACAAGGAUGUGAAGGGAGCACUGAGAAAAGUAGCCACAGGGAACUUCUUAUGCAGAUUUAAAAUCACUCACUGA